UGUGUGUGUCCAUAGGACAGACCGCAACAUUAACGUAACCGACCAACACUGAAAAAUCGACCGCCAGUGGCGUAUAGCUAUCAGGAGGGAAAGAGACAAAUCCUUAGAAAUCAAAUCGGGAACCCUGUUUCUAAAAAAAAUGCUCCGGAAAGGGCCGCUCGUUUCGUCAUUUUAAGAUCCGAAAGGGAGGAUUUCUUCAUUCCCAGAAAAAUUUUCCGCAUGACCUGCAUCAUUUUGGGAGGUCUUACUCUUGUUUGGCUGUUUCAAGAAAAGGGGACAGGAAUCUAGAGAAGAUUGAAGGAACAGUAGAAGAGUCCUCAAAGCUCUGCACCAGGAGUUUCUAUCGCUCUUGCUGCACAGACGAGUCAUGAGCUGUCAGGAGGUGCCGAACCCAAGUCAGGAGCCGAAGGACACUUCCGUAGUCCCCACAGAGGCAGGAACCACACAAGCUGUCCCCACAACCUCCCCAAAGCCUCUAUCUGUCAAAGUAAAGACUGAGGUGGCUUCCCCUAGCGAGUCAGUGGCUAGUAAUGGCAAAGCCAGCGACAGCAACAUGCCUGCUGAGAUCUGUGUGGUUUUAGGGAACAACUCGCGCAACUCUCAAACACAAGGCUCUUACAUUUGUGGAAUAUGUGGAAAAAAGUACAAAUACUACAACUGCUUUCAGACACAUGUCCGAGCUCACACAGAGUCAGAGAGUACAGCAUCUGGAGAAGGAGCAUCCUUAGGAAUCAAUAGUGCUUUCCGUUAUACUUGUGAUGUAUGUGGGAAAAAAUACAAGUACUACAGCUGUUUUCAGGAGCACAGAGACCUCCAUGCAGUUGAUGGUGAGCAAUAUCCAUAUGACCAUGUGAUACCUGUAGAUGACCCAAAAGAGGAGACUGAACCCUUCCAGAAAAUGGGACCAAAAACAGGAAGUUACACGUGUGAGUACUGUGGAAAACAGUACAAAUACUUCAACCCUUAUCAGGAGCAUGUGGCUCUUCAUGCUCCAUUGAAGGGAAAUUAUGGCCUUAAAAUGGAAGGGAAAAUGUCAAGCCAGUCAGGACAGUCUAGUCGUGCAGACAUCAGUUCCCAGAACUCGAAUGAUACUCCAAACAGCCGGGCUUUCAGUUCUCUCCCCAGCUCUCAGAAAACCUACACGUGUGGAGCCUGUGGAAUUCCGUUUCAGUUCUACAACAACCUCCUGGAGCACAUGCAGUCCCAUGCUGCAGAUAAUGAGAAUCAUAUUAAGGAUGAGUCUCCGAAACCUUGCCAAGCACCUGCAGCCACACAGGAGCAGAUGUGGAAACCUCCACAGCCGGCCCAACAGAGGAACCAUGUACCCUCUUUUCAGAAUAGAUUACUUCCAGAAAAAGAGAAGCAACAAGUGGCUGAGCGUUUACUGAGGGUUAUGUGUGUGGACCUUGGCCUUCUGGGUGUUCUCAGCAGUAAAGAUUUCCUUAAACUGGCUCAGACCCUGGUGGACACUGGUGCACGUAACGGGGCCUACUCCAUCCGUGAAGCUCUAGGAGAUAUGAGCUCGCUUGCCCUUAAGCAACUCCCUCGGAUGUAUAAUCAGGUGAAAGUUAAAGUGACCUGUGCCCUGGGUUCCAACUCUUCCUUAGGCAUUGCAGUGACCUGCCAUUCACAGACAGUUGGACCCGAUUCAUGCUACUUGCUAACAGCAUAUCAAGUAGAGGGUGUGCGACUCCGACGCUACGUGUUGGGGCUCAAGGAGGCCACUCUAAGGGAGAGUCCUGAGCAGAUACACCACUGGGUACAGAAUGUUCUGUCCGAGUUUGUCAUGUCAGAAAUCCGCACAGUCUAUGUGACUGAGCCACGCUUGUCUUCGCUAGCAUUUUGCGGUCGCACUGGAGUUAGUCUCCGUUGUGCAGGUUGCUCUCUAACAGCCACAGUUCAGGCUGUACUUGGCCGGCGAAGCCUGCAAGCGCGAGGACUCCACGAACUAGGUGAGCUUCUGGCAACAUGCCGUGACAUUACCGCAACAACCAGCUUUAGCCGUGAGGUUAAAGCUGCAGAGGAAUCAGCUGCUCCGCCCUGCUGGGAUCCAGUCGCAGAGGCCUUGCUCAAGGUUCAUGACAACUUUGAGGCCACCUGCGAAGCAUACGGCCGGUCCAAGAGCACCGUGCCACUCUUGCAGGGCCUGAACAAGCAUCUUCUUGGCACUCUUGCAUGUUUGCUAGCACCACUAAGACAGGCAGCACAGGAGCUGAGUGUUGAACGCUGCCCCACACUGCAGCAUAUGCUCCCCGUCUACCUGCGUCUUGAAAAACUUUUCACCUCUAAAGCUGGUGAGGUGGGUACGGGCAGUAAGCUCUGCCACUACUUCCUGGAGGCCCUGAAGGAGAACUUUAAAGUGGAGUGCAUUCAUCAAGUUGCAAUGAUCCUGGAUCCACAACUGAAGCUACGGCCUGUCCCAGCAUACCAGCAUGAGGACAUCAUCUCACGAGUGUGUGAUAUGGCUGCUAAUAUUAAGGAGACGGGAAGUGGUGGAUCUGGAGGAACACCUGUGGAUGAGAGGGAUAGCGACGGACCCUCAGCAGCUAAGCGAGGGCGCCUGGACUGUGGGUUAGAGAGGGCACCAUGCGGGACUGAAGAGCCACAGGUACGAAAGGAGCUGUUCCAGUACCUCGGUGAACCACUGUUCAGUGGCACAGGUGAUCUGUUGCAGUACUGGAGUUCGGUCAUGGACCGAUACCCCAGGCUGGCGCGGUUGGCACUGUGGUUGCUGGCCGUACCGGCUGUAGCUGUACAUGGAGAAUGCGUGAACAUCUGCGAGCAGACCUUAGCCAUGAAGAGAAAGCAGCAGGUCUCUACAGAGGAGAUGAACAAGCUGAUCUUCCUCAAAAGUAAUUUUGCUUGAGGCAGCUCAGGGCUUUCAGCUAAUAGCACCAUAGUUUUAAAUGAAGACAUCAAUGUACCAGAUGGAUGAUUCGUUUAUCUUUUUUUCCAUCUUUACAGAACAGAUUUUAUGUUAGUGUCUAACAAUGAGGCUCAUGAUAGACGUAGGCAAAGAAGUGAUACAAUGACAAUAGAUUGACAAAUGCCUGUUCAGACUGUAGUUUAGCUUUUCCUACAAAGCAACUCAUUAUGCCCUGGAUUUGAACUUGUUUUUAAUAUACUGUAUUAGUUGAAAAUAUCUUAAACAAAAUUGUCAUCUUUUUGAGUCAGUUGGAGUCAUUUAUCCCUCUUAAAACCAUUUUGUGGACCACAUUAGAGUUUCAGUGAAUUGAUUGUUGAAAUGAUCAAUGACAAUUUAGUGAAGGUAAAAACGGGAUACUUAGAAAAAGCCAUGAUUUGCAAUUACGCCUUUACGAAAAUCACACAAAGCUCAAUACCUCUUUGCGUUUUUGCAGUGGGCAAAUAGACUGUAUAGAUCUAAGUGUUGUGAUUUGUGUGCCAUGAUUUAGUAAUCGCUUAACCACUUUCAGUGUGUUAAGCUCAGUAUUGUACAGUUGCAAGAGUUUACGGCCAGCAGAACUCCAGUUUAUGAGUUAAUGCUUUUGCAGUUAUUUAUUUUUUUCCACAAUAACAUUGCAAUAACAUGUUACGUAGCACAAGUUACUCUCAAGCUGACUUUGAUGCCUUGGACCUUUUUGUAGCAGCCUUUUUCCCUCUUUUUUUUAUUAUUAUAGCUCACUGGCAUAAUUUCCUUCUACAACACAAUCUGCAGUAGUUAAAAAUGUAUUUUUGUGUUUUAACCCAAUGUUGUUGGGGAUCAGAAAUAUAUGGGAUUGUUCUCCUGAAGCUGUGCAAAGUUCUGGUACAGUUAUGUGCGAAGUUUGAAGUUGAAAUAAGGCUCAAAUUAAAUUCAGAAACACUCUCUCUCUCUCACACACUGUCUCAGUACAAACCUUGCACAGAGGCAGCUAAUUGUAUUAUUUGAAUGCAUUUUCUGAUUAUAAGAUAAGGACAGCUAAACUAAUGCUUCAUUAUUAAUGCACUGGAUUUCUGUUAUCCACAUAUCCCUCAUCAAUCUGUAGUGGUUUAUUUGAGUAGUGAAAACCUUGCAAAGUUAUUCCAUUAAGUUCAAAUUCCACAUGAAUUUUCACUGCCUUGGAUCAACAUUUUUAAACACUUCAGUGAAUGAACUGAAGUUCUAACUUCCAUGAUAAAAUAAAUAAUCUUUAAGAAUAUUUUACUGUAGUUUUCAUGGAAAGAUGUGAUUACCGGUAGUUUGAUAUCAUUUGACUAGUAAUGACUUGAUCAUCUUUGACAGAUAUGCAUGCAGGAAAAAUAAAAGUUUUUUUAUUAUUUAUUUUUUAUCUUUGUUUAAGAGAGCAAGAGGUGCUUGUGGGGAUCAGACAUAGGCUGCGCUGCGUUCACACAGCUGUAAUCACUAAUAUCAUCCUUUCUCAGGUUAAGAAAAAUGGCAGAAAAUAGGGCUGUUGACACAAUUCCUGUCUGCUUUUGUAAAGUAUGUACAGGACGUUUUACAGUAAGUAAAUUACAGCUGUUAGUUAAUAUGGUUUUAAAUUUUAAACCAUGACUGUGUGAACGUAGCCAUAAAGUGUGAAUUGCUGAAGAACGUAGCUAAUGCAAAAACUGUUCUGCUGAAGAGAAAUCUAGAUCAGAUAUCUCACAUACCCCAAAAUAAAGAUGUUCAUACUGGCUAGCAUGUAAAGAAUAGUUUGUGUAAAAAAGGCUUUAAAUUUGACCCUGAAAUGGAAACAGCUGCUGUCAAAUAUCGUUUUAUUUCUCUGUAACCACAAGAGGGCAGAAGUGUCUUUGCAAAGAGUCUCUAAAAAAACCUUACCUCUGUUUUCUAUUCAAACAUUACAGAUAUUUUGAUAAACUCAUGACUUAAUGAAGGUUUUACUUUUCUUUUUUUUUUUCUUUUUUCUGAAUGAAUGUGUGUUCGUCUUUGGGUAAAAAUGGAAAUGGUAGAAUGCAACAUGCUCAUACAGCCAGGUUUGUUUAAAAUAUACUGAGAUCUGAAAGUAUAAAACACUGUUUUAAUCACAGCUAUUUAUGGAUACACCACAGUUGUAUAAUAUUCUUUCUGUUUGUUUGAGAAGGAUUUUUUUUCUUCUUCCUGUUGUAGUUAUCUUGCUUAGUCUAGAUGUUUGUCAUUGACAGGCAUCUUUCUGAUUUGGUGUAUUGAGUUGUUUUAGCAGUAGGUCUAAUUUAUACAUUUUUUUAACACUAUUUUUAUAAACAUGACUGAUAAUAGAGUUUUCUCUCCUCAUUGACUGUCAGUAGUGUACUACACUGUUCUGAGAAUCUAUCUACACUUGUAGUAUGUUCUGUGUGAAUAAAGUAUCCUCAGUGAGUUCAUUUUUAUAUAGUUUUGGAUGGGUAAACUUUAUAUUACAGUGUAUUAAUGCAAGUAUUGAAAACUGCAAUUACUUAUGUUUACGUAAUGGGCAAAUAUUUUGCAAAUAGAAUUGAAUAGGAGUCUUGCCCCCACAGAUCCCGGAUACCAACAUCAUUGAGUCACUUUGGUAUUACAUGAAGAGAUGGAAGCAAUUGAGAGAGCCUAAAUAUAUACAUAAAUAGAUACCUCAACAAAGGUAUCCAGGUGUUCCUAGAAGCAUUUAUGCAGUUUUUAAGGCAACGAUGGUCACACCAAAUAUUGAUUUAGCUUUUUGUUUACUGGAAUUUGCUUUACUGGACUCCUGUAGUAUGUGCUCUGUGAAUAAAAUAU